AUGGCCACCACGGAAGAAACUAAGUCUCUUUUUGACAAGUUGAUGCACGACCAAGAGAAGACAAGUAAACGAUGUUUUUGCUUCCAGGCCAUAUACUCUCUUCGUGGGGUGAUACUUGCCUUAGUUACCGGGAUUCUAUUUGCCUCUGCCACUACCAUGGUAACGCUUGCGGAACGUCGAAAUGUUCAUGUAUUUCAGAUCUGCGUCAUCGCGUAUGCAUGUUUAUUUGUUAUUUCCGCAAUCCUGUCAUGUGUGAUACGUACACAGCUUUGUACCCAGGGAAAAAGAGACACGGCUAUAAUGAUGGUAAUGGGAGUCACUCGGUGGUCGUCGAUCGUAUUAGCGUACUACGCGUUUGAGUAUACACAAGUAGGAAACGUAACGGCGGUUGUGCGUGGCAUUACGCCGGUGCUAACAUCUGUUUUAGCGUUCAUGUUUUUACACGAAACAGUUACCAUUGCAGAAAUCGUGAUAACCACUAUAAGUAUCAUCGGGGUAUUACUGGUAGCGGCGCCUUCCUUUAUCUUCAAAUACACCAAUGUCAAUGGGUAUGAUUUCCAGUUCCCCCCCGACGAGGCAAAACCGGUUAUUGGGUACACUCUUGCUAUCGCCUGUGGCAUUAUAUUCUCACUAACUUGUCUGUUUGCCAGAUCAUUGCCCAAGGAUGGUUCUGCUGCCUGCCGAUUUAUUUAUGAUAGUUUAGUUGGUUUUAUUCUCUCCGUUAUAUUCUUAUAUACAUUGUCACCGGAACCACCCGUGUGGUCAAUGUCUACAUUGGAUGCCAUGUCAUUCACUGCGUAUUCCGUACUAGACGCAAUCGCCAUUUUCACGCUCUAUGUUAGUUUUCAAUUCGAGCUCGCCUCUACCGUGUCUAUGUUAUUGAACAUUGAAGUCGUAGCAUCGUAUAUUUUCCAGACAACGAUCUUACAAUCGCCGCCAAUGAUUUACCAAAUAAUUGGUGCGGCCGUCAUCAUCCUGUGUUCUGUAUUGAUCGCCUUCAUUAAGUGGCGUCAGCACAAGAACGACCAGUAG